CCCCAUAGAGUGCAUCCUUCUUUCAGACCACCUACAUAUGAUCAAGCCCAUCCAAACCUUUAGUACAAUAAUUAUUUAAAAUGGUUUUUAUUUUUUAUUUUUUUAUUUUUUUAUUUUUUUAUUUUUAACUCCUGAUCGUUUUUUCUAUUUCAAAUAACUUAAAUGUUUUCAACUUCCCUCGUCGUCAUCUGAGCUCUGGGUACCGUUGGUGGACCCGCUAAGUUCUAAUAUUUUGCCAGACGCUCCUCGAGAGUCGAUCGCGUGACCUUGUCGAAACCCCCCCCCCUGGAGUAAGCUGCAACAACAAUGGGAACAGAUCUCAGGUCUUCAAUGGAGCUCGGAUACGGCCUAGGAGAAUACACAUUUGCAGAUGCGAAUAAUUUAGAGCAUUGUGUAAAGUACCUGAACCAGACCUUGGUUAUAUAUGGGUUUCCGGCGUCUCUGGACUUAUUAACGAAUGACCCCGUCUCAGUAGCCCACACAUGCAAUUGCAUUUAUGCUCUUUUACAGCAGCGGAAACGUGAUAUUGAGUUUCGAGAAUCUUCUAAUGAACAAAGACAAAGAAUGCUGUCUGACAUGUCACGGCUUGAGUCCAAGGUUGAAAGGUUGGAGGCUCAGGUUGCAACAAAAGAGAGGGAGCUAGCUGCACUUACACGGACGGAACAAAAAGCCUCUGCUGCUUUCAAGGCUCAGAUUGAGAAGCUGCAACAAGAGCGUGAUGAAUUUCAAAGGAUGGUCAUUGGGAAUCAGCAAGUCCGGACUCAGCAGAUACAUGAGAUGAAGAAAAAGGAGAAGGAAUAUAUUAAGCUACAGGAGAGACUAAACCAAGUUCUAAUGGAGAAAAAGAAAGAAUCCAGGUCAGGCAUUGAGAUAAUGAACUUGCUACAGAAAGAGGGACGCCAACGUGGGACAUGGAAUGGAAAGAAGGCUGAUGGGGAUUUCUACAAAAUGAUUGUAGAUGCUUAUGAGACAAAGAAACAAGAUUUGAUGGCUGAAAAUGCUGAUCUGCGGGCUUUGUUACGUUCAAUGCAGCUGGACAUGCGUAAUUUCCUAAAUACACCCAGUGGGCUACCUAAACCAGAAUUAUCAGCAAAUGGGGGAGUUGAUGCUGAACCGCCUGCUACUCCAUUGGGUGGACGUACGGAUGUCUUUGAUCUCCCAUUCCAUAUGGCCAGAGAUCAAAUUGAACAAAGUUUGCGAACAAAAAUGGCUUCGAUAAAGGAACGCAUGCUUCAAUUACAAGAAGCACAAAAGGGAGCCCAAGUCACUUGUGAAGCUAGCGAACGUGAGCUAGAGUUGGAAGCACAACUUGUUGAAGCCCGCAGUAUCAUUCAAGAACAGGCUUCUAUAAUGUCAAGGCAUCUAGCUAAGAGUGAAAACUCAAGGAGAGUCAUGGGCCAUUUGGAUGCUGACAGGGAGUCAAUUCUUUCCACACAAGUGGAGGACAGGGCUACACUUCAGGGAAGAACUAAGCAGAUGGAGGCUGAGCGCUCGACUCCAAGAAGGAUGUCUAUGGAGCCUGAUAAAGAUUGUGCUGAGGAUGAGCCAGAAUCAUGGUUGACUCCAGCAACAGCAUGGACUUCAGAUGUGGGAGGUUCUGCAAAAUUUUCAAGAAAGAUCUGAUUUCUUUGCCAUCCAAUCAAAUUGCUAUUUCUGGCUUAUGUAUCCAACGAUGAAAAUGGAAUGCACCUUUGCUCCCUUGUGCUUAAAAGGAACAACUGGAUGGUGAGCGCUUGUGUUUGGGCACCUUAAUUUUUCUCUCCAAUUUCUUGACACUCUCUUUCAUAAACUUCAUCAGUUGAUUAAAUAGGAUGGUGCUAGAAAGGAUACAGUGACUGGUCCAGAGUCAGUGUGGUGGCAAGGCCCUCUGCAAUCAGAAGAUAACUGCAAUUCUGAAGCCAUGCAUUAUACUCUGCCCUGGAAUUUGGACCUCGGCAUUUUCCGUAAAGCAUAAUUUGUCAUCACUUAUAUUGUAUAAAAAAAUACACUUGUAAAUUUAUCUGACCUUGUGACUAUUCCAAAAUUCUUUUGAUGAGUUUUCUGCACUAGUUCAAAUGCAAGAUCUCAAGAAGCUAAAACUGUUCUUCCAUUUCAGGGAGUUCUAUCCUAUAUUAAACAUUACCUCAAUGAUUAAACUUACACGUAUAGUUAGAUGCAAGAAAAGUAAGGACAGAAAAUGACUGUUGAAUGGUGCAGAUUAAAAAUUUGAUCAUGUUUCGGAAUGCCAUCAUGAUAGCUUGUAACUAGGAAUCCUGAUUUUAACUAAUUUUGUAGCUCAAAAAAUUCAUAAUCUGUUCAAAUGGUUCAGCUAUGAGGUACACCUUAAAGUUGUUCGCUCUUGAAUUAUUUUGUCUUCGAUAGGCAUCCUCAUUACCAGCUGAGUCAGGCAGUAGAUAGAGUUUAGAAGUUUGUAAUUAUAUAUGGCACAAUCUGAUGAAACUGUUUUCAAGUUAUCAAUUAGCCUGACUCACGAGUUAGAAACAACAAUUUGA